AUGAGUUACGCAAAAAUUUUAGCAAUUUUUGUUCUUGUAGUUAUAUUGGAUGUUUCGUUGUACACCCAAAACGCCAUGAUAUUAGAGAUUAAAGUCACGAACGGCCUAAAAUGCUUCAAUAAAUGCAUGGCUUCAUACAAUACAUAUGAGUGCAAUGUGGACUGCUUAUCAUCAGGGUACGCGGCAGGAGGAUGUCGCUCUCAAUCUCCUUCAGAACCUGAAUAUUGUUGUUGUUAUUAA